AUGUCAAAUAAAAUAAACUACAUUCCUGUAUACAAAAAAAGUUCCGAUCCAACGUCGGUUUGGUAUCAUUUCCUAAAGGCCGAUACGGGUGAUUCUGCAAAAUGUAAAACAUGUGAAAAAGUUAUUAAGUAUGCGGGUGGUACUACAACAGGACUACGCAGCCAUUUAAGAUUACAUAAUAUUUCACUUGACAGCGAAAGGCUUGCUUCAGAAGUAGCUAGGGAAACUGCUGGGACUUCCAAAAGAAAAAAUGAUAACUCUUUAUUGGAGUCACCAGUUUCAGCGAAAAAUUGCAGAAUGACCGACUACUUCUCACAAUCAAACAGAUCAUUGGAUGUUAUGGUAUCAAGAAUGACAGCACUUGACGGUAUGCCAUACAGGGCAUUUACAGAAUCUGAAGACCUGAAGCAUCUAUUUAAAAAAGCUGGUUAUAAAUUACCUACAAGCGCAAAUACUAUAAAAGAUGUGACUAUAAAGUUUUAUGAUAAGACUAAGAAAAACCUUAUAAAGGAAAUACAGGAACUAAAGGAUGAAGGACACAAAUUUUCGGUUUCAAUAGAUGAAUGGACAUCUUCAAGAAAUAGGCGAUAUAUGAAUGUGAAUCUUCACUGUGCAUUUUUCAAAGGUAACCACCACACGACGAGAAAUCUUGGUUUAUGUAGGACGUAUGGCUCUGUUACCGCUAUCAAGUGUGAAGAAUACCUGCGAGAAAGGCUACACGAAUUUAAAUUAGAUUUUGACACUGAUGUGAUCGCCAUUAUAUCUGAUGGAGCUUCUGUUAUGACAAAACUAGGAGGAAAUUUAAACUGCAUACAUCAGUUAUGCUUAGCUCAUGGCUUGCAAUUGGCCAUCGUGGAUACGUUCUACGUAAAAAAUCAAGAAAACGUAAAUGAGGCUCAAGAAGAACUUGCCGAAAACGAAAAUAAUCUGAACACUGUUUGCAUUGGCACUGAAGAUGAUACUGAGACUGGUGGAUUUCAAAUAGAGCAAGCUCCAAAUGUAACAGUUGACGUGGAGACAAAUAUUAAGUUUGGGCUUGUUGUAGAAAAGGUGAGGAAUAUUGUGCGGAUGUUCAGAAAGUCACCAACGAAAUCCGAUAUUCUUCAAAAUUACAUAAAAAUGGAGCUUGGUAAAGAAUACGCACUGAUAUUAGACUGCAAGACGCGCUGGAGUACUCUUUGCAAUAUGAUUGGUAGGUUUAUUAAAGUGAAAAGAGCAGUCUUAAAAGCACUCAUUGAUGUAAAAUGUGAUAUCCAGAUUAAUGAAGUGGAGUGGUCUAUUCUCGAAGACAUUUAUGAGAAUCUCGAUGUAAUGAAAGUUACUGUUGAAGCUGUUUGUCGCGAAGAUGCUACUCUGCUUAGUGCUGAUGCUGCCAUGAUUUUUGCACUUAAAAAACUUGAAACUCGUAACACGUUGCUUAGUAAGGAGCUUCAUGCAAGUCUGAGCAAAAGGAUCAAACAAAGGCGGCUACCAGUUGCAAGUCUAAUGCAAUACCUUCACAACCCAGCAACAUAUUUUGAAGAAAAUGAAUAUGACGCAGAUGUUUAUCCGCGCUUGCCUAACGAUUGUCUGCAAGAGAUGGUAUUGGGGCUUCUAAAAUACGAUUCGGCCGCACAAUCUUUUACUUGCAACGAUGUCAAUGACUUACCUACUGAUGAUUCGCAGAAUGAAGUCGGCAGCAAUUCCUCAUUAUCAAAUAAAGAAUUAAUUAACCAACAAAUCAGCAAAAUUAUCUUUGAUGACACGAGAAGAGUUGGAAUUGGAAAUCUUUCAACGUCUAAAGAAGACUUAUUGACACUACUGAAGGUUGAAAUGCUGUUAUUUGAAAAUGGAGAUCUCGACGAUAAAGAAAUCGAGGAGUUAUUGGAAUCUUCAGAAAUUGAAGAUUUCAUUCCAUCUGACGUAGACGUAGGUGACCCCGAGUGGUCAAUUCACCACGUAAGUGUAUCUAUACCUUCAACAUCAUACUCGGGAGAUUCUUCCUCCGAACCUGAAAGUGAUAAGGAAAACUCCCAAAAGAAAAGAAGACGACGUGGAAGAAAGCGUGGAAAAGGACGAGUAAGGGGUGGAGGCAGAGCAAACCAUCAAGCUUCUCCUCUUCUCUCCUCUCCUUCGGAGCGCGGAACAACAUCUUCAGAUACAACCGUGAGGAGAGUGUCCUCUCCGGAAGUGGAGGCUCCAGUGCUGGCUCGGAUCACCUCACUGCGAAAGAACACCCAGAGGCAAUAUGUAUUUGGUGUUGUUGCAGUGGGGGCUGGUGGGGAGGCCAAAUCCGGAUCCAGCGGGUCGGGCAGCUCGCUGCCGGCCGACGGCGGGGGUGGGGGGGGCGCGCGCCGCUCGCACUCGAGCGGCAGCGAGCGCGCCACCGACCGGCCCGUGCUAUUCCUAUAA